GUGAGAGACAGAGCCUCUGUUGGAGUGUCGUUUUCCUAUAUAUACUCUCGAGGUAGGAGGAACACACACCAAAAUCUUUCUCCUUCUCUAUCUGUUCCAUUUUUAUUUUCUCUUAUUCUUUAUUUCUCUUUCUCUCUGAGGAUGUCUGUUUCUUGAAGAAGAGAAGAAAAAAAAAAAAGUCUUCCUUUUUUCCUCUCUCCCUGCUCUACAAAAAAUCACUCGGAUAUUCUUCUUCUUAAAAUCUAAGUGGAGGGAGGAGGCUUGAGAAUAAUAAAAAUGUCUCGGAAAGAGGUUUUUGAGAGACCCUCUUCUUUGCAUCAGAUUCCUGAUCUUUCACUCCACAUAAGCCCUCCAAAGAGUGCUCCUUCCUCAAUUUGCACCGCCACGAAUGAAGCCGAUUCCAGCUUCGAUAUUUGGCAGAAAUCACACAGCGACAGCUCCAUCUCCAUCAGACCAGCUGACACCGACCUCUCUCUAUCAACCGCUUUGGAGGCCGAGAGUCCAUGGAGAAGAAACUUCCUCACCGCAGCGGAUCAACAGGUUCACAUAAAUCGUGGGAUUUCACUUCUUAAUGUUUCUGAUCAUCAGGGGGCAACUGUCAAGGCCAUAAAGGGAAUUCCGGUUUACAAUAAUUCUUCCUUCCCGUUUUCACCUUUGGAUCGCUUCACACAAACGGCAGCGUAUCCUCCAUCUUGUGCUUCCUCCUUCAGGCCUUGUCGUGUUCCUUCAGGUUUUGAAGCCAUGUCGAGGUAUAAUGGGAUAACCAUGGAGACUCUAAGACCCCAGCAGUUUCAGCAAGAUUUCUCAAAUGGGUUUAUGAGAUCAAGGUGUAUGCCAAAGCUGCAGAGUAAGAGGAAUAUGAGGGCACCAAGAAUGCGUUGGACAACUUCUCUCCAUGCCCGUUUUGUCCAUGCUGUAGAGCUCCUUGGUGGCCAUGAAAGGGCUACUCCAAAGUCAGUUUUAGAGCUCAUGGAUGUAAAAGAUCUAACACUUGCUCAUGUCAAGAGCCAUUUACAGAUGUAUCGGACUGUUAAGAACACUGACAAACCUGCAGCUUCCUCAGAUGGAUCUGGAGAUGAAGAUUUCUUGAACACACCCCCAGCUCCACAUCAUAACGACAACUAUUUACAAAGUCAAAAAAAAGCUUCAAAUGCAGCUUUAGAACAUGAAGUGGGAUACCUUUCUAAUCUUUGGAGUAACCCUUCAAGUAGAGGAGCAUGGUUGCAAUCCAAUUCAAGGAAUCUGGAUAGAUUAAGACCAGGAACACUGCCAUCUCAUCAAAGAUCUGGAGACCAAUUUGAGGGAAGUGAUUUCACUCAAUCAAUAAACUCCAAAGGGUCAAGCUUGAAGAAUCCAAGCUUGGAGUUCACCUUAGGAAGACCCGACUGGCACAGCAAAGAACAUGACUAAUUUGAGUUAGUAUUAUUGGCUAAUUGUUUUAGUAUUUUCAUGGCAAGAAACAGGCACUAAAUAUAUAUAUAUAGGUACAGUGGGUUAAUUAAUUAGCCACUAAACUAAAAAAGAAGAAAAAAAUCAUCUUCUAUAAGUUUUUUGCCAUAUGAUGUGAUGUGUACAUACUUGUGCUAGCUCAAGCUGCACUUGGUAAUUGUGAGGUGAUGUGAUUAAUGAUUA